UGCAGCACUGUUUGUGUUUGUAGCGGGAUUGAAAGCAGGGCUAACGUAUCCUUGUUUGUGAGAAUACAGCUGUUGAUUUCCAACGUGAUUCCUUUACUAAAUAAAAUAUUGCACCUUGAUGCGACGAAUAGCUGUCAGAUUCCCAUCAAAGCUAACCGUUGGUCUUAACCAGCUCUGUGUGAAUCGUGUAGCAUUAGCCUGUUAUAGCAAUGUGAUAGGUGAACGAGAAACUUGAGAGCAUCCUGCAAAUUUAUUCAAGAUUGUAAUAUUGCGUUAACACAUGGCAUCUCGUCAGGCUUUCACAGACUCCGACACUGCAGAUGAAGCAGUUCGGGCAACAUGCGACGACGCAUCGACAUGUAAAAGAUUUGCAACCAGCAAAGGCUACUGGUCAGAUCCCUUUAUCCAGUAUUUUGUGAGGUCGCCAGGUGAGCGAAAAGCUCCAGAAAUCAACAGAGGUUAUUAUGCCCGAGUUCAUGGAAUGAAUCAUCUGCUGGACGCUUUUCUCAGAAAAACAGAAUGCAACUGUCAAGUGGUAAAUCUAGGAGCAGGGUUGGACACCACCUUCUGGAGAUUACAGGGAAAGAACAUGAUGCCGAAAAAAUAUUUUGAAGUUGACUUCUCAAUGAUUGUAGCAAGAAAAAUACACAACAUCAAAACCAAGCCACCUUUAUCCAAACAGCUUAUCGAGACACACUCCACCGACUCUCUUCUCUUUGAUGGCCACAGCCUGGACUCUGACAGAUACUGCAUCAUCGGUGCGGACCUCAGGGACCUGGCAGGCCUGGAGGAGAAGCUGAAGAAGUUUCAGUUGAACACUGAGUUACCCACGCUGUUCAUGUCGGAGUGUGUACUAGUCUACAUGACACCUGAUCACUCCUCCAACCUGGUGCACUGGAUAGCAGAAACCUUCCACACCGCCAUGUUUGUCAACUACGAGCAGGUGAACAUGGCGGACCGCUUUGGCCAGGUGAUGGUGGAGAACCUGCAGAGGCGCCAGUGCACCCUGGCCGGAGUGGAGGUGUGCCGCACGCUAGACACACAGAAGGAGCGCUUCCUGUCUAACGGAUGGGAGAAUGCCGAUGCCCUGGACAUGAUGACUGUAUACAGUAUCCUGCCACAGGACGACAUAGCCAGAAUGGAGCGUCUGGAGUUUCUGGAUGAGAAGGAGCUUCUGCAGCAGCUUCUUCAGCACUACUGCAUCUGCUGGGCGUCUAAAGACAAGCUUAGGCUGGGACUGGCCCAGCUCGCCUUCUGACGUAUCGAUGUGACGACGGACAGACAGCCAAAACAGCUGGCCUGUGAAGAUGCCUCCAAGUGCCAUUCUCAGUUACCGCGCCGCAACCAAGGACCGUGGAGAGGAGAGGAAGACGGAGGUCGUCUUUGAACAAUGGGGUGUCCUCUCAUUGACGCGACAAUAAAACGUGGAAACAACCACCAUCAGCAGUUUAGUCUUUUUUUCUUUUUUUUGACGUGGUCUUUGUUUUCUACACCCAUGGAUGUUUUGUUUCCCUUUCUAGAUGUUUUCAUGUUGAAUUAGAUCGGAUCCUGUUGUAUUUUAGAUCAAAGCAAAGAUUGCACAAACACAUAUGAAUUGUGUAGCUUUUAUACCACUGGAACUGUGAUAGCCAUCGCCUAACUACUUUUAAUGGUAGAGUGUCUUUUUUAGCAGGUUAUUUCCAGAGUUUAUGCUGCUCAUUCAAGAUUGUCUUUUUUAUGUGUAUUUACCACCAUCAAUUGCUAAAUAUAUCAAUAGGUGGAUCUUCUCCAUGUCCAUCAUUUAGAAUUAUCAUCAUGUCAUCUUUGGCUGCAAAAUAUUCUUUAAUUACUUAGUUCAGACUCACGAAAAUCUAAUUUGCGAAUGGGCAGCAUAUAUUUUGAAAAUAAACAGCUGGAAUUACAUAUUCUUACUUUAAGACAGCAUUUGGCUUUUGACAGCCCUUUUUUUAUAAGGUUAAUUUAUUUUUACGGUUUGCUUCCUCUAGAAAUCAAUAAGGUUGUUGGAACACUCAAUGUUGCUGAAAUGAUUUCAUUGUUGAAUGCUCCAAUGCUAGUUGUGUGUCUUCUGCAUGGUAUUGCUUUUGCUGUGGAUAUUUUUGCAGUGUUUUAAAGAGGACCCAUUCGCUGUUUAAAUUAAAGUUUUUGUUUUAGCAUGAACAGAGUUACUGA